AGGAAAGAUGAGGUGUUUUUAGCAUUUGGUUGUUUCCUUGAAAGCUCUGUAUAAAUCAGGGGAAAUGGCUACGACUUCAACCUGGUCUCAAUAGUGAUAUCGAUAUUGCAUCUUGCUGACGUGAUCUGUUAGUUAGUUAUAUGUCCUGUGGGCGAUGUGCAUUGUAGGUUGAGCCUGAAGUAGUUGAACAAUUAACAAUAUCGACGUACUUAACUGGUGAAAUAUGUCCUUUUGUUUUUUUGUGGUAAAUAAUCAUUCACAUUCUAGCUUGAUAGCUAAAUAGUUCUUUUUAUCAUAGAAACGUGUGUUGUCACGCGCUACUAUGCUUAUCCAGCAAUGGUAUGGCACUUCUGUCUGGGAACAAAUCGAAAUCUUCUUCUAUCUUAAACAAGGUCUGUUUUGUUCUCAGUUUUCUUCAAAAAUGUGACCUACUACUACUUCUACUAGUAUGCAAGUGUCGGAUCCUGCUUCAUUGAUGAUGUUCCAAGACCUUGAUGUAAUUUCGACAAUAAUAUGAGUAUCAUCGAUUCAGGUCUAAAAAAUAUGUUGUUCAUCUUCAGACAAGAUGCUGGCUUCUCGUCUGUGUAGAGUGCUGCUGCUUCGUGUCCUGAAGAUACUCAGGUAGAAACACGAGCUAGUGGAAGAGCCGCCGGAAGUGCUAGAAAAGUGAGGACAACCUCGAGAACCAGAAGUAGGAGGUUCUUUGCAUAAGUUAGGUGUGGAUAUCAUGGUGUUGAUGGCACCAGGAGGAUCGCCGCAGAUUCAAAAGCCAGGAGGUGGGGCCACGGAUCUGCGCGCGGCAGAUUCCAUGAACGGUAUCAGGUGGAAAAUCCGUUUUUAUGCACCUGGCUGGAUAUUUUUCUACGUGUUGUCCGCGGUUUUGAUGGUGUGUACUAUCUUGUACGUGCGGCAUCAUCGAAAGUUAAGGCGGAGACUGCGCAAUCACCGCCAGGUGGUUGACCGCAGUGAGGUGGACUUGGGUGACAAACCAGGCACAGUACGCGUGGAAGUGCUGAUGCAAAGUGGGUACCGGGACUGGGGUCUGGGUCUGGCCUUGUACUUAGCGUGGUGGCUGGCGCUUGCGCUGGUCACUCUCAUAGUCCUCGUCUCGUGGAUUCUAAGAACGAAGCCCGUAGCAGGCUUAUGGAUGACCAACGACAUUUUCUGGCUCGGUUUUUGCGAACAGGAGGCUGCACGAGAGAAUUGCGCGUUGCCACGCGUUGACUUGCUGAACCUCAAGGUGUUUUUCAUUUUCUGGUUCCAACUUGCUUUCGUGGGAUGGGUUAUCAUGAGCCAGAAAAGCGUCGACUUCAAAAACCUCUUUCGGGAACCCGUCGCCCUGAAAAUCGCGGAUCAUGUCUGCGUGGAAGAAUACACGGUAGACGUCGACGUCUUGCACGGACCCAAAACCUGGGAUACCAAGGACCUUGAUGCGGAUGACCUAGACUUUAUCGGCAGCAACUCUGCGGCACAGGAUAAAAAGGAAACUCCAGAGGCGGCACCUUCAGGAGCAAGAACAAGUGGUGGAGUGAAUAUAGGCGGGUUCAUAGGGUCGCCGACGUCGGGAGCAUCGUCAAGCGCUUUUGGAACUUCAGAAGAAGAAAAAGAGCAUUUGCUCCACAACCGCGAGUAUUUACGGCAGCCUAGGAGCAGUACACAAUAUUGGCGCGGACACGAAUCCGCGGUCUUGAUAGACCGCCGGGUACGCGGCACCUGUUCCGUUCGCACAGAAGACGCAUCUGUGAAUGCUAGCAAGCCAGCUGCCGCAGGAGCAGGAGUCUCAGGUAGUCCUCUUACAGGAGAUUCAAAUGCAUUAUCUUCUUCGGGCGACCAGGAAGGGGAACAAGGAUUUCAAGAUGAUAGAAGAGACCGAGCAAUCGAGUUUGAGUCCAUGACUCUGUUUUAUCGACAUGGCGCUUUUCGGCCACCGGCGAACCCGUUGAUGGAGAUGACCUUGGCGCAGUUGAAGACUCGCGCGCCGCGCGUUCUGGAUGCCGUGAGCGGAAAGAUUUUGCCGCAGCCGGAGUUAGGGCACCUAGAGGAGGUGCGCAAUGAGCUGCAGAUGCCGGCUCCCAAUUUUUGGUACAUCAUGUUCUGCGAGAUCUGCUUGAUCGUGAAUAUCUGGCAGAUUGGGCGGGCAGUCCAAUCGGGCAUGGACGGGAACGUGGUCUUGAGUGUCAUGCCGUUGGGCCUUGUGGUCCUGCAACUAAUCUACGUGUCUGUGAACAAGCGGAGAGCGGCGCUGCGAAUGCGAGAAACAGCGCGACCCCCGCAGACUUGCGUGCGUGUGUGGCGCCGACUCGUGCACACUGGACCAGCCACCUCUAGUACUUUGUUGGAGCCGGGGCAACAGCGGGAGGUGCAACAACGGGGAGUGCCGCUUUUUGCACAAGCAGAGGAGCAGGAAGCCAGCAUCCGUGCUGAAGAGGUGAUAUCUACGGACCUCGUUCCAGGCGACAUCUUCGAGUUGCCAGAAGGUGCGGUGGUGCCCUGUGAUUGUGUGCUCAUCGACGGCUACGCUCUACUAGACGAAUCCGAUUUGACCGGUGAGCCUCUGCCUAUCGCAAAAAUCCCGGUGGAACAAAAGAACGAGGUUUUCGACGUCAAGUUCCACGCAAAGCGCUACUUCUUGCAGUGUGGUACGACCGUCUUGCAAUCCGAAGGGCCACCGGCACCGCCGUUGCUCGACUCAGGGAUCGAUAGCGAGCAAAUUCCGAAGACUUCUUUAAUCCGUUCAGAGUCCACCCGACGGUUCAAGCGGCUCGCUUCCAAGGAAAUAAGACUGCGCAAGGGCAGCAUGGCCAGCGGUCCCGUAGAAGAAACGGACGACGAUACCUCAACAAUUGCUGAGGAGAGUGAGGACGAGAUCAAAAUCGGUAAGGGCCAUUUGUCUGCGAACGGCGGCGCGAUUGCACUAGUCAUGUCGGUGGGUCCGUUCACCAAGAAGAUGGGCAUGAUUCGGAAGAUCCUGUAUCCUAGUGCCGUUCGAUACCGAUUCGAGGACAACUUUUACGCUCUGCUGUUUUUCUGGGUGCUCGCGCUAGUCUUUUUGACCAUUACUCCAAUGCUAAUAUCGGCUUUCAGAUACCCAAAUCUCAUUUUUCCUGCUGUCGUGCAAGCUAUCUAUUCCGGUUUUUUGAUUGCUUUCGUGGUUGUAAAUCCGGUGAUGUUGAGCGGAUUGAUGCUGGCGCAGGAGAAUGCGAGCACCCGCUUGCGCGCCGGUCAAAGUCGAACUCGGUCGCUGGAGUUGCGCAGACUGCUGAUGGCAGGCGAGAUCAACGUGCAGUGCUUGGAUAAGACCGGCACCAUUACCGAGGAAGGCCUCGGCUUGUCUCAGGUCCGCGGCGUUUCGUCGAUCGCGGGCGACAAGCCAGCAGCGCUGGUUGAUGGCGCUCGGAAAAGCCGACUGGAGAAUGUGUUCCAGCCAGGCCUCUUACGCAGUGACGACGCAGACCGCUUGCUUGAAGUUGCCUUGUGCACGUGUCACACUGUGCAGCGAAACGAGGACGGUGAGUUUUUCGGUAACAGCGUGGAGGUGGAGAUGCUGAGCUUCGCAUUAGGUGAAGAACUGACGUUCCGAUACGACACCGAGGCGAAGGCAGUCGGGUAUUUCCGCAAGUCAGAUCUUCUCUCGGGCACUGGAGAAACAAACGCCGAGGACGAACUCGUCUUGCGAUCACUAGACCGCACCCAGCUAGAAUCUCGGAGGGGAGCGGCUUUGGCGCGGCGCUCCGCACGGAGCUCGCAGGUGCCGCGGGACUCUCAGCCAUCAAAUUCGAACGGGGCAUCUGUGCUCUUCCGCACGAUUCGGCAAUGCGAAUUCGACGCGUCGGUGCAAUUGCAGUCCGUGGUGGUGGAGAGUACAAACGCCCCGCUCGGUGAGUCGCUGCGCGUGUUUGUUAAGGGCUCUUUCGAGGCGAUUGCGCGGCGCUGCAGGCGGGACACCAUUCCGCCCGACGCGGAACGAGUCAGCCGAGAAUUCGCACUGCAGGGCUACUACAUGCUCGCGGUGGCGACACGCGAGACGCCAGCCGUGAACAGUAACGCCGAACGCCUGUACUGGAAGGAAAUGGCGCCGCGCGCGGAACUCGAAAAUGACCUGACGUUUCUUGGCUUCCUUUACUUCCUCAACGAUCUCAAGGUCGAUUCGGCGGCAGCGUUGGCGGAGCUGCGCCACGGUGAUAUUCGCCUCGUUAUGAUCACGGGUGACAAUCUGUGGAACGGCGUUCAGGUGGGAAUCAAAUCCGGUCUAUUGCCAAAAGACGCGAUCGUUUUGGCGGGAGAGUUGGUCUCCUCAGACGAGGCAGCAUCUUCAUCGGUGCGUGACUCCUCCGUGGACGCAGCGACAUUGCAGUCGGGCAUAGACGAGAAGGCGCACUUAUCAACGGAACUACGGAGAAGCAACUCCCGAGGAGAUUCACCGAGGGCGUCAUCCGCUGCACCAUCAAGACAGGGCGCUAGCUCCGGCGCGGAUCAAGAUUCUUCGCUUCCCGUGCUGCAUUGGAGCUAUGUCGACGAGGGCCACGCGUCCCUGCGGCACGAGUUCGCGGCGCGCGUGCAGCCUACUGCGGGUUUAGACUACCCAGUUCGGAUCGGGUAUUUCGGUGACCAUCCAUCGACGCACAUGCCCUUGUAUGAUUGCAUAGACCAACCGCCUGGUCGCGCCUCGGCUGUAGCGUCUGGUAGAAGUGGCAGACGCGGGCGGGGAAUGCAGGAAGCAGGGGGACGAGAUCAAGCAGGUCUUCUAGGAGAUAGACGAGGCAGUUCAUCUGGCAGUUCUGGAGCAGGAGACGAAGGCGGUUCCCAGCGUCCCAUCUGCCUCGCCGUGUCGGAAGGCGCUCUGCUUUAUCUGCAGAGCAACGACGUGAAACUUGCAGAGCAGAUUUAUCGGGAGUGCAACGUUUUUGCGCGCAUGACACCAACAGGCAAGGUGGCAGUGAUUCGGGCUCUGCAGGCGGACGGUGCUAUCGUGGGCAUGUGUGGUGACGGCGGAAACGACGUGGGAGCGCUCCAAGCAGCGCACGCGGGUGUGGCCCUUAGCGGCGGCGAAAAAUCUAUGGUGGGCGCCUUUGCCACACCAAAGCAGUCCCUUUUCGCGCUGCCGGAGUUGAUCCGCGAAGGGCGCUGUUGCCUCCUCACAUCUUUGGCAGUGCUGCAAGGCUCCCUUAUCGCUGGCAUGGUCAGCGCCGUUUCUCGCGCAGCAGCUUCCAUUUUCUACACAUUCACCUCUUUCGCGGACGUGAUGAUUGAGGUAACCGUUAUCACGACCCUGGCUAUGUUUGUUUGCUGCUCACUCCCUCCGCGCUCGUGUCACCCAGACUUGAAGCAAAUAACGCGUGAAGACUACCUCGCGCAAGCGGAAGAAACGGCUAAAUCGAGGAAACAAUGGCGAGACAUGUGGAGAAGAGCGUGGUCGUUUUUCGGUUGCAGACGAGACAAAGAGCAGCGUGCUGCAGGACCAGAAACAUGGGGGACCAUUUCAGCGCCCAACGCGGCAGUGUCCUCGCAAGGAGCAGCAGCCGGGGACGGCCGGCCGACUAGAGGGGGUCAAUCCGUCGAGAGCGAAGAAAAGCAGGACCGAGAAAAGGCACGCAAGGCGGCGCAAGAGUUGGAAGUGUACAAAAGCCUGAAGACCGAUGAAGAAAUGGCGCAUUUACGGCACAAUCUAAAACCUGGCUCACUUCUGGCGCCGUUCGUGCCAAACGGUGACAUCAAGUCGUGUGCGAAUUCGAUGCGGCUCAUUGGCGUGGCUUUGCUCUUCAUUCCCUAUGCGUUUGCGUUGGAGUUCCUGCGCCAGGGGCAGGAGUGGGUAGAAACUCGCGGUCUCUUCGAGCUCCAACUGGAAAACGAAGAGGCCAACUGGCGGCGUGACAGGGAAAGCGGACAGCCGUUCUUUUUUGCUAUGAUAACCGGAGCGUUUCUCGGGUUGAGCUGCUUCCUGUGGGACGGCGGCCGUUUUCGUCGCGCCAUGUGUUUCAGCGUAAUGUGGAUCGCGUACUUUCUGGUUAUGUGUCUGCUCGUGUUGACGUUUUUCUUCGGCAAUACGGCUUGGAACGGGGUCACUCGACGCGGAACGGAUAAUAUCUCCAUGUGGGAAAAUCUCAACUGGGGACCUGCGGGUUUCCUUCAGUACCUCGAUCAGGUGGAUUUUGACGUUCGGGGCGAACGCCACUGGUUCUCCCGCGCUACCCCCGAGUCUACGGGGCGAAAGGAAAAUAGCGGGCGCUACUUCGUUAAUUUCGACGCCGGAAGCGGAGGAAUUUCAUCAAGCUCUUCUUGGAAUGUCGAUGAUUUGGGCUCGGUCCGCGUCUCAUUGCAAGAGGACGGGGAACGAUCGCAACCGCAAGUCCAGCUGCCACAGAGUCCUCAGGCAGCUGCAAUACAACAACAACAAGAACAAUUAGUGUUUUUUGAAAUAGACAGCAGUGGAGCGGUGAUCCCAGCUGCUGCUAUCGACGCCACAUCCAAAAUCAUGCAAAAGCAAGCAGGAGUAACGUCAACAUUGUCCUCGUCUUCGUCAACUUUUGUGUCUUUCGGAAGAGAAGCUGGAGUGACGACGCAGCAGCAACACCUAAAGACGUCUGCCAGUUCUCAGGCGAGAGCCCAGGCCCAGCAACCACCCCAGGAAGGGCAAGACCAAAAGGACAUUGUGGCUGCUGCUAGGAGCUUCGUUGAGAAGGGCCUUGUUCCACGGGCUAAGGCUGUCCUGCGUAACGCUUUUGAGCAUUGGAAGCAGACAGGAGCCGAAUCAUCUGGGUCACUCAAGAAACCUGCCCUUGAGAAUAUCAGCGCACGGUUGCACUGGGAUUCGCAGGCGCAUGGUGCGGUAGUGGUGGCGCUCGAAGGUGCCGGCGCAGCGUUGCACCAGGCCUUCCCGAAUGGCUGGUUGAAAAAGGAGAAGGACGUGGUAGCCCAUUUGUGCCAAGAAUUGUGCGAAGCAACCUGGCUCUCUUAUGGCUAAAAAAGUUGAAUCAAGACUUUAUAGGUCCAGGUAUCAUUUCAGAAAAUUCUGUCGGUAACAUCUCAAAGGUUUUUCGAUGUACCAUUCUACGUUGCUACCUGUAUAGGAACCAGAGGGUUGUUGACGAUGGAAAACACUGAGUACGUACGUUCUUACCUCAGGCUUCUUAUACAUAGAUACACUACCACUGAGUUCUUUUGCGCAGUAUGCAUCGUAAUCAAAUAAGAGAAGUGCUAGUUGCAAUGUCACCGACUCGUUUCUAAUAUUCAGGAGAAACGGAGUACAAAAACGGAGCUUCGCGAAGCCGUUUUUAUUGCUGGUACGUGGCAGUUGGAGUGGCACAGGACGUGUGCUACCUCGUACCCCGUGUCUCGCGACGCCGCCCGCUGGGUCCGGAGCAUGCGAACUACGUAGCAGAAGUUUUAGAUCCGAACGGUCGGGCAGGGCGAACUAAAAAUGCUUCAUCCGGGAAAAAGGCACCAGAUAGCUUUAGCCCCUUGGUCAUCCAGUCUCUCGCGAAGAACGCACCAAAGUCGCCACAAGAAGUGGUACGACCAUAGAAUAAACUUGCUUGUUGGGAUUUUUGAAUGAUUUUUUCUGAGUUUUGCCUUAAACUUUUUUAUUUUACUACAUACAACAAAACUACAUACGAGUUAGUGUUCGCUUUUGCUCGAAGCCGCACGUAUAGCAUCCUAAUCGCCUUUCAAUCUUUCUUCUUUCAGGUCGUCUUCAUGACUAACCGGCACACUGUCCUCGGUUGGCGCAGUGUCCGGGACUCGCGCCGGGCAAGUGGAGGCGCCCUUCGCAUGCGCAAGGAGUAUUUUCCGCGUGACGAUUUCUCUGUGAAUGAUGUGGACUGGUUUCCGGAAGUGUACUCGAAUUACCCUGCAGCUUGGUAUCCGAAAUUUGCGUGUAACGUUUUCGUGUCCGGUUUCUUCAUCUACGCAGCAGCCUUGGCUGUGGGGAUGAUCAUCUUGCAAUGGAUGUCCGGCUGAGCCAGAAAACGCAACCUAGUAAGAUAACUACUGACGAAGAACUUAGUGAAUACUGACAAUAUAACCUUUGUUUUUUAGCUAUUAUACUUUUGUCUUUGGUACUGUGUCUAGCUAGAAAUCAUGUUGCCAUAUGCAUAGUAUACAAGAACAAAUGAACGAUCCCUCGAUCGAGUCAUCCCAACAUUGAACUCACAAAUCCCUCGGUCUAAGCAGUCCUUUCAUUGGGCUUAUGCAGAUGGCAGCACUGAUAGUGCGUAUGAUUUUCCGUUGAAAAUAACUCCAGCAGAAUUCUGAUUGAUGAGUCGAAUUUCAUGCAGCGAACGAUCGAUGCCAGACGAUGUAUCUUAAUUUCCUCCGUUUCUUUCGUAUUCUUCGUUUAGUUCUUCCUUGUCCUUGUUCAGGAAGGUGGUGCUUCUCGUCAUUAAAAUUAUCUUAUCCAACUGACUGGUGAUGGUUUAGAUUAUCCAACUCACGGGUGAUGGUUUAGAAGCAAUGACAUUUCUUGCGCGAUCUUCUCGUAUGUACAAGUACUUGCAUAGAGUGGAACUAUCCUAGAUUGGAACUGUUAUCCGCAGCAAAGACAAAUGAAAUAUAGUUUCUGUAGGUCUUGUUCUUCGUGGUGUUGAUUGCAGAGCUACUCUUCGUUUUCUUCUUUCUUCUAGAUAGAUGAAGAAGAUUAUCCUCUCAGGUGACGUUUUUCGUCACAUCAAUGUCGGUUCGAAUUUGAGGCAGCUCUCAGCCUCUGAUGACUUUGACCCCACCUCGUGCUCCCAAGCGAAAUCGAACACCCCAUGUUGGACCACCUUUCCUUAAACAAUAACAAUCAAUGUACGUCGGACGUUUAGCGUUGCACAAAUUGCUAGGCAGCAAGCAGUGAUUACCCCAAGAGCAUUGAAUUCGAGUGGGACGCAAUCUCAAAU